GAGCGGUUACUAAGCAUAGCUUCAUUGUAUUUAUUAUUGCUUGAGGCAAGUUUCCAACAAUUGUUGAUGGUUUUCCGUAAGAUAUAGCCAUGUCUAACGUUUUAGAUGAUGGGAAAGGUGACACAGAUCCCUGCCCUCUUCAGUACUGUGAUUUUAAAAUGGUCGACCACAAAAGCAUGUGCCCAUUCUAUACGUCUUUGUUGACACGCUCAGCGGAUCAAGGAUUAAACCCGGAAGACCUUCACUUGCUUCAAAGUGACCUAGAAACACUUCUAGCCGGUGCCAAUCGGCGAAUUAGGCAGAUAGACUCCGAAACUAAAUUAUUGAUUGAUUGGGCUGAGAAAAAAGAUAAAAAGAGUGUGCGACAACGCGAGUUGGAGAUUCUUAAUUCCUUAGGCUCUUUGAAAAGAAGUCGACCCGCAACAGAGGAAAAAGGAGCAAAGAAACAGAAAUUGGAAGAGUCAAGAAGCACCAGUCCAGGAGCCCAGUUGGUGGGGAGACCAAAAAGUAAACAUUCGGCUUCUUCUGAAGGUAGUCAGGAAGAUGAAACAUUUCCCCCAAGUGUGAAAACAAAGACAGAUACUCCCAACCGCUUCUGGGCUGCUGUUGAACCGUAUUGUGCUGAUAUCACAGUUGAAGAUCAGAAAUUUCUUGAAGAAUCCUUGAAAAUUCCAGAUGAUGAACAAGAAUAUUAUAAAGUCCCACCCCUAGGAAGACACUAUGGAGAGAAAUGGGCUCAAGAGGACCUGCUUGAAGAGCAAGAAGAAGGUUCAAGGAUACAUGAUAAAAAAUUGCGUGGUACUUUAACAAACGCUACCAGUGAAAACACAAAUAAAGUAAUUGGUGAAAAAUCUUUGUUGAAAAAGGCAGACACCACUGGACUUCAUGAGGAAGAUUUGUGUCCAUUUGGCUCUCUGACACAAAGAUUAGUAUCAGCUUUGAUUGAAGAAAACAUUAUAGCACCAAUUCCUGAGCAAAACUCAGGAUCUGGAAGUUCUGAUAGUGCAAUGACAAGAAGUGGUAACAACCCCCCUCGCACGCCUAGUAAGGCACCCCAUGUACCUCAUACCCGAACUUUAGAGGCACGCGUUAGAGAAGAACUAGUUUUUCAAGGGUUGCUAGAUGCAGAAGAUCAGGCAGAUGAAGAGGUGGAUGAUGAGGUCUUGGCUGAGCUUAAACGCCAUCAGAAUGAACUGCGUGUCUUGAUUGCAAAGAACAGACAACAGAAAUCAGAGCUUUCAAAAUUAACACAAGAGGAAAUGAGAAGACAGGAGCUUAAGCACAGAGCACAGGUUGCAGAUGCUGAAGUAAUGGAAUGGUUCAGAAAAAUGAUGGCAUAUAAACAGAAAAGAAAGUCACCAACCAAAAAGGAGAAGGAGGCAGCAUGGAAGGCCCUAAGAGAAAGGGAGGCAAUCCUUAGAGUGCUUGGCAACUCAUGAGUCUAACAUUUGGAAAAGUUUUCUCUUAACUAUGUAGGGAGUUCUCUUUUUCCUACUUUGCAAGUAGUAUAAGUAUUGACCCAGUCAUUAAACCUGUUAAAUACAUGUCUUAAGAUCGAGAAAAUUAGACACUUUAAAGUAGAAUAAAGGGGGUAGGUUUCUCAAAAAACCGUGGUGCUGUGUCAGUGGGAGAGUUUAACAGGGUAAUUUAGUAUUAUCAACUGAGUUGACAAUGUAAAUUAGCCACUGUAAAGAGUUACAAAGCUGACAUUUCGACCAUUAGCCCUUCUCUCAAACAAUGCUUGAAACCUUCAGCUUUGUAA